UAUAGGCAUUUAUGUGGCACUAUUUCUUCAGAGUUCUCCACUACUAAAAAGACGUCCCCUUCUAAUUAAUCACGAUUCAUUUUACCUUCUUCGGGCGAAAAAAAACCCGAACAUUCGAAACAUCGGCAUCAACCGAACGAACGGCUCUCGAUCCACUUCGAGAUGUCCAUUACGAGAGCUAUUUUUCAAGGAUGCGGAGCAGAAACUGUCAUUUUCUUCUUAACUGUACUGUCAUCAGCCGUCAUAUUCCCCGCUAUUGGUAAAUAUUGUGAUCACGUGAUCACAGUGCUCGUCGCUCUUGGAGCUGCUUGUCUCACCGGCGACGCGAUCUUUCACCUCUUACCGCACGCAUUACAUCACCACGACGACGUUGGCACUACGGAAUCCAAUCAUAGCGUACUUUUAUGGCGUUCCUUCUUGGUUUUGUGCAGUAUUUAUUUCUUCUACCUGUUUCAUCUCUUUUUUCAAGUCAUGGAGGGUGUUCACGCUCACUCUCAUGUCACGUUACCUGAUCCACGUGAGGCCAAGGGCCUGCUAGAGGCAGAAACCAAAGGCAAGCGUAAGCAGUCUUCGGCCAAAAUGAACAAAACUCUUAUAGGAAUGAUGUUAUUGGGUGAAGUACUACACACAUCGUGCGAUGGAUUAGCUAUAGGAGCAGCCUUCUCAAAAUCGGCAGGGGAUGGACUCAGUACGACUCUUGCUGUGUUAUUUCAUGAAGUACCGCACGCAGUAGGUACUUUCGCCAUCUUUAUCUCGUCUGGUCUGUGUAUCCGCAGGGCACUGGGUCUGUUAUGUUUUUGUUACUUAUGCGCAUACGCGGGUGUACUGGUAGGAGCGACCCUGAGCACCAGUCCUAAUCUAACGCCCUGGAUAUUUGCCGUUGUAGCAGGAAUGUUUCUUUAUGUUGCACUGGCGGAGAUGGUUCCAGAGAUGUUCACUAGCAUAACAUCAAGAUCUGAUGAACAACGGCAGGUGAUCUUUCUACAAAACCUUGGACUUUUGAUCGGAUUUGCCAUGAUGAUGACAUUAGCUGCUUUUGAAGAAACGAUAAGAACAUUAUUGUAGUAGUUAGCACUUAAAAUGUUUGUUGCAAUUAUCCCUCGGCUUCCUUUUUAAACAGCAAAAGUGAAGUGCUGCAGAGACUGAUUCCGGCGGAAUUUUCUUGUAACCAGUUAGAAACAAAUGACAAUCAGAAACAAUAUAUGACGUUCUUAAAAUGAAUUUGAAAAGGAUACCCUUAAUUAGUCUUAGGUUCAUUUGAACUUUUCAGUAUGACUACACUUUUUCACUCUUCCCUUUGAUUUUCAAGGUGUGGGGCUAAUUCACCUCUCAACUCGAAGGUCAGAGAAACUAUGACAAACCUUUGUAAUACAUAGGCCACUUCACUUUCAAAGUAUGCGGGGUAAUUAUAAACAGCAACCUAGAGAGGAUCAGGCCAUGCGCAAUACAAUUUUCUCUCACAGUAGUUUAAUCACGUGAUAGCGCUGAUUAAGAGCAUGGAAGCUAGGCUUAGCCACAAGUUGCUCGGUAACUUUUGAGAUUUUCGGCAAC